AUGAAGGCCGAACAGACUGUCAACAUCAUCAUCUUGGGGGCCCCUGCCGCGGGCAAGAAGAGUCUGAUACGAAGGUACUGCAUGGACGUCUUCACGGACCUCUAUGAUCCCCUUACCGAAUCAUCCGGCGACAGUCGCCUUGCCCUCAUCUCGGGUAUUCCCACCAACAUCAACCUCGAGCGCAUCCCGUCGACCUUUAUCCGCUCGGCACCUGAAGCCAAACGAAUCGCAUCCGAGGCCGAUGCCCUGAUCCUACUGUACGCCGGAUCCUCAGUGGAGGGUCUUGAGGAGCUGCGGCGCAUCCGGCUAGAAGUCCUGGCGCCGCACCUGGGCUCCGACGUCCCGCCCACGGCGGUCGUGGCGAGCAAGGCCGACGGUGCGGCGUCGGAGGGGUGGGACGAGGGCGUCAAGGGGGGCAGGGAGCUGGCUGUGCAGUUGGGGGCCAAGUUUGGGGUUGCGUCGGCACUUUGGGGGGAUGGGGUGAAGGACGUGGUGGAGGAGUUGGCGGCGAGGGUGUUGGAGAGGAAGGGAGUUGGGAAGCACUAA